ACACCGGUCAAGGUGUACGUCAGCGGGCCGUACGGCAGCGCUAACCGAAAGUGGUUGAAGGGUUUCGACCGACAGGUCUUCAUUGCCGGCGGCGUUGGGGCGACCCCCGCUCUGGGCAUGCUUCUGGAGCUCAUUGCCCUCCGUCGUGCCAGUUCCGGCGCCAGCGCGGGUGCCGGCAAUGGCAGCAGCUGCUGUGGCCGCGUGAGCUUCAUCUGGGUCAGCCGCAGCGAGGACGAGCUCAACACCCUGCCGCAGGAAAUACUGCAGGAGGCCGGCAGGCCGCCUGGGAAUGGCAUGGGUGGCCUAAUAGUGGCAUGGGUAGCCUGAUAAUGGCC